GCGAAUCAUUAGGUUCAAUUAUCGAUUUGCUAUGAUUUUUUGAACAUUGGCCGAUCUGUAACCAGUUCCGAAUAUGAGGGAUGACUGUACUCAAUUUUCAAUUAGUUUUUUCAGUUUCACUUUUGUAAAACCUUUUUGUUACUCAAAAACAUUCUUGACUUGUUUAAGAUUUUUGUCUUACUGUUUAUUUAUUUGAUUUGUAAUCCAAAGAGCUUCUUUUCAAUGGUUUUGGAAAACAAAAAAUGGUUGAAAAUUUUAUUUUGGGCGAAAUUUUAAAUUUGUCUCCGUUGAAGGUGGGGUUGGGAGAGGGUUAAUACAUUAUGACGAGUAGUUAAAAGAUAUUAUUGAUUGGUAUAAGCUGUCUAUUGAAUGAUAGUUAGAGGCUGUAAAUUGACUUGCCUUCAAGCGAAAACAGCAAAAACCUGUUUCUAACAGUUAAUCAUCCUGUCUGUGUCGUUGUAUUUAAGUGAGAAAAUAACAUUUAAAACCUUGUUUUUGUAGUUAACUGGUCAAAUAAUGUGAACUACUUAAUUGUGCAACUAUAAUAUAAAAUAUAAUACCGAUUUUAUUUGAACUAGUGAAACUGAUAUCAAAAACUCAAACCAUCCACUUUAAACGACCCCCAGGUCUUUCUCUCUCCAAGGAACCUCCCAUCCCAGGGUUCAAACUGACGAGCUUUGGUUUGGAUUGUGAGUCAAACCACCGCCAGCGAUGCCACCGGAGCAUAUGGUUUGGUGUGUUGUUUGUACUUAUAGCGUGGAGACGACUCCCACACUUGGAAUGACUUAACGGCCUAACAACAACCAUGGCCGUGACCGACAUUUUAUUUCCCCAUACGAUGGAAGGUUGGAGCAGAUGAGAAUCGAACCUAUGAUCUUCCGCUCACUAAGCGGACAGCUUAACCAUUCGGCCAAACCUGCUUGAAUUUUAUAUAUUAUUCCGUCAGUGGGGGUGACUAUGGCUAAAAAACCAAUACACAUCUCGUAAUUUUUUAACAACAAAAUAAAUUUAAAUGACAUCGAAAAUCUUUCAACGUAGAUUUUUUCUUAGAUAGUUUACUAACAUUUUCCCAAAAUAUGGUGGAUUUUGAUGAACACUACUUUAAAUGUCAAUACAUAGUUUGAAAAUUGACCCAAUCUCAUCCCUUAGAGGGGGUGACAUUGGGUCAAAUGAAACUAAAAUGAUGCUCAAAUGCAACGAUAUGGUAAAAACAAGUUCCUUGUUCGAGGGAAUCGUAUUGACAUGCUACAAUUUUUGUAGUAAUGAUUUUCAAACAUUUGGGUAGUUUUCGAGCAAAUCCAACAAAUUUUUUUGGAAAAUGAUUUUUCGAGGGAUCAUUUUUGGCCAAAAACGUACCACAACAUUAAACAGCUACCAAAAUAACAGGAUGUGUUCUAGGAACGAGAUUUUUCAGCGAAGUUUCAUUGAGAAGAGCCUGAGAAAUGGUAAACUCCGUAAAACAUCACUUUGAACCAAUCUCACCCCCCAGACCCAAUGUCACUCCCACUGACGGUAGUUAAAACAAAACAAAAUCAUUGUCUAUGAAUUUUUUUAAUUAAAUAAAAACUAACACACCGUUAGUCUUAAAUAUUGAUUAGCGAAUGCGAUCAAACACAGUUUGAUUGUGCUGGGAUAGAAUUGAUCACAUUAAUUAUGCACUUAAUGCAAGUUAUCUGGCGCGUGCCCAACUCCGAGCAGCUAGAGAUUAUACAGGUUGGAUAUUUCUAGGAACAAUAAACAAUGUAUAGAAAAAUAAAUAUAUAUAAAUGUUUGAUUUAGUGCAUGCGAGGCAAGAGCAAAAUUUCUAAAUCGGGGCAAAUUUGUGAAUUUACAAAUUGGUAAUGAAAUAUGUAAAUUCACAAAUUAUAUUAUUGGCAAUUGAGGUAAUAAAAUGUAAUAUUUCAUUUAAAUCCAUAUUACACCCUUUUGUACAAACUUUUAAAAGGUUUUAAAGAUAAUAAUUUUCCCUAAAAAUCUGCUAUAACAAAUAUUUUUUCUAAAGAUCGAUCGACCUGUAGGGUUAGGUCAGUUAAAAACCUAAACAUUUCGAGAAACGCAAUUUUCACCGAUAGUUUUUUAUUUUUAAAUCUCCGAUGGGAUAUCUCGGUUCAUAAUAUUUUACUCUACACAGUGUAGCUGUUCUUUAUAGCUUUACCCGUUCGUUUUCAUUACCGUUUCAAGGUCUUUUUUAAACAAUCCGCUUAGAAAUUGGUGGGAAAAUCACACUGGUCUGCAACACCAGUCGACAAAUUAGUUGCAAAUCAAGCGGCAAAGCAAAUGUUUUAUAUUUUUGUUUUUUCUUCUUCUUGACAGUGUAAGUCAGAGGUUCCCAAUGUUUUUGGGAUUGAAUGAGCUAUUCGUUUAAUCUGUUUUUUUUUUUCUCUAAUCUAAUAUAAUAAACCCUAGCGCAGCCAAUCUUCCGAAGGAAUCCCGGAGAAUGCCUUAGGUUAGAAUACGUUUAGUCUUAUUCCUUUAAUUCAUUACCAUUUAUAGUGUGCCAUUCCAUUAGAAUGCAUGGAAGCAUCACGAACGUUAACGUAGCCAGGCCUUGUGCGUGAAUUUUACCGCAGAGAUUAUUCGUUGACUCACCGACUCGUCAGCCAUGAUUCUGAGAUUUUUUGGAGAAACAAAUCUUAACUUUCAUAUAAUGACUAAAGUGUGACGAGGGUCCUCUUUCAAAUCGUCGUUUAAAUGAGUCGUCCACUGCUUUGUUAAGAGGUUAGCUCAUUAGGUCAGUGCCAAUCUGCCUGGCAGAAUCUGUCUAAAUUUGAUGGUGUAAUAGUGAAAGGUUAAUCUUUAAUCUGUCGGACAUUUCCAAAAUCUAGUAUGAAGUCGUCCCGUAUCAGGUCAGCAGUUGGACUCGCAAUCCAAAGCACGUCAGUUCGAAUCCCAAAGUGGAAGGAGGAUUCGAAUCACCAUUCAAGUCUCGAACGCUUAGACCAAGCAUCUUUUUGGCACCCCUGGUAUGGAUGUUAAUGUUCUUGAGAUGAAAAGUGGCCCUGAUUGUUGUAUAAUAAAGAUACAUAAUUACAAUAAUUUGACCAAGAUGUCACUGAAGCGGGAAAGCUUUGCAUAUAAAUGAUUGAACUCUUAGAACCACUUUAUGUGCCUCAAAAGAAUGCGAGUAGUUGGGGUACGUUCAAACAAAAGUUUAUAAAUACCCAACGAGAAACCGCGAGGGCAACCAUUCGGCAGUGUAUUGUUUUGCGUGUCAGACGGUGCGAAAAAAGAUAAGAUGAAUCGUUGGCAAUUAGCGGUCGCUGUGGUGUUUUUCCUAGCUGCUCACGCUUUUGCGCAGACAGACGAUGAGGUGCUUGAAAUACGACGAAAUUUGGCGCAAAGUUGCAAGGAACGGGAAGGUGCCUCCGAUGGGGACGUUGAGGGUCUGAUAACGGCGGUUGAGCCCGUAACGAGGGUUCAGAAGUGUCUGCAGUCGUGUGUUCAGCAGCAGCAUGGCGUUUCGGACGGGAGGCGAUUCCUGAAGGAAGGCUAUCUGGCACUUAUGCGGGUGGUCGUUGGAACGGACCAGCUGAGACAGCGCAUCGUCGAGGAAGCUGCAGACGAAUGCAUAGGGGUUGAGAACGAGGAUCGCUGCCAGUUGGCGAUCGAUAUUAUGAUCUGCGUCAAACAGGCACUGCAGAAGAGAGGGUUACGAUCGAAGGAAUAAGCGCGAAAUAAAUCUUAAGCUGAUCUUGCAAAACUGCAACACUUUUAUUUCUCUCUAAUAAAUACUAUUUAGUCGAAUUU